AUGCAUCAGAGAAAAUAUGCUUUGGAACUAAUUUCAGAAGUUGGCUUAGCUGCAGCCAAACCAGCAAUAACUCUGAUUGAUGUUAAUAUCAAAUUAACCUCUAAGCAGUAUAAUGACAGCAUUGACAUAGCAUUUGGAGUUCAAACUCUUAGCCAAUUCCUUCAACAACCCAAAAGAUCACACAUGGAAGCUGCUUUAAGAAUAGUAAAAUAUGUUAAAAGUCAGCCAGGGCAAGGGAUUUUGCUAUCAAGCACACGGAACAAUACAAUCACUGCUUUCUGGGAUGCAGAUUGGGCUGCAUGCCCUUUGACUAGAAAAUCAGUUACAAGGUUCCUAGUUAAGUUCGUGACUCCUUAG